AUGCCCUACAAGCUCUCCGCGACGCUGAAGGGCCACUCCGCCGAUGUUCGGGCAGUAGUGUCCCCGACCAGCGAUCUGGUCAUCUCCGCAUCGCGCGACUCCACCGCGAUCUCCUGGUCCAGGGCCUCUGCAGAUGCAGGCUUCACCCAGACCGCUGUGCUACACGCAGGCUCACGCUAUGUCAACGCAGUCGCAUACCUCCAGCCCUCCCCGGACGCUCCCGCAGGAUACGCGGUAACAGGAGGUCAAGACACAAUCAUCAAUGUGUUCUCCCUGGCGAAUACCACAGGCGAGCCAAACUUCUCUCUGAUCGGACACACGGACAAUGUAUGCGCCCUGGACACCACGCCGGACGGCACGAUCAUCUCAGGAUCUUGGGAUCGAACUGCGAAAGUCUGGAAAGACUUCAAGCUAGUAUUUGAUCUGACUGGACACCAGCAAUCCGUGUGGGCCGUGCUGGCGGUAGACGGACGACAAUUCCUCACAGGUUCUGCCGACAACACUGUCAAGCUCUGGAACCAGCAUAAGAACGUGCGGACGUACCCAGGGCAUACGCAAGCCGUCCGUGGACUAGCGCUGAUUACAGAUAUCGGCUUUGCAUCAUGUUCUAAUGAUGGUGAAAUCCGCAUAUGGACGAUGGAAGGCGAUGUCGUGUACACCGUGACCGGGCAUACCUCGUUUGUUUACAGCCUUUCUGUACUGCCCAACGGCGACAUCAUCUCUGGCGGUGAAGACCGCACGGUCCGCAUCUGGAGGGACGGAGAAUGCGCACAGACAAUCGUUCACCCGGCCAUCUCGGUCUGGUCAGUCUCGACAAUGCCGAACGGAGACAUCGUCACGGGCUGCAGCGACGGUGUCGUACGCAUUUUUACUGCUGAGGAGUCGCGUUACUUGCCCGGCGACCAACUCAAGGCAUACGAGGACCAGGUCGCUAGCCAGGCGCUGCCUGCACAGCAAGUUGGCGACGUGAAGAAAUCAGAUCUGCCUGGACUGGAAGCCCUGUCACAGCCAGGCAAAAAAUCUGGUGAGGUCAAGAUGGUUCGAGACGGCGAUAAUGUUACUGCACAUCAGUGGGAUAGUGCUACGUCUAGCUGGCAGAAGAUUGGAGACGUCGUGGACGCUGUAGGUUCUGGUCGGAAGCAACUCUACAAGGGAAAAGAGUACGACUAUGUCUUCGAUGUCGAUGUCCAGGAGGGCAUGCCUCCACUCAAAUUGCCAUAUAAUGUUUCAGAGAAUCCAUACACUGCCGCCCAGCGGUUCCUCGAAUCGCACGAUCUUCCCAUGACAUAUUUGGACCAGGUAGUCAAAUUUAUCGAACAGAACGCCGGCGGCGUUAAUCUGGGCGGCGGGGGUGGACAAUUUGUGGACCCUUACACAGGCGCUUCCAGGUACCAGCCUGCGUCCACUGCAGCGGGAAGCGGAGGCUCAGAGUUUAUGGAUCCAUUCACUGGGGCUUCAAGAUAUCGGGCUGCACCGAGUACUCCGCCAGCUGUGCCGUCCACGGCGUCCAGCGACCCUUGGACAGGUGGGUCCCGGUACUCAAGAGCCACAUCAGCUGCAGCAGCGAGACGGCCAUCCACAGCAACACGUGGGAAAAUAAUCCCCGUGCGCAAACCUCUAGCGUUCCGACAAGCCAAUGUGUCUGCGAUGCAGGGGAAGCUUCACCAACUUGAUCAGGCAUUAAGAAAUGAGAUUUCUACAUCUUCAUUGUCCAUGUACCCACAAGAAAUGAGCUUGGUGGAUGAAGCGUUCAAGUACCUGGCACAAGUCAUCUCCCAUCUAGCCCAUUGGACGAAUCCACCGGACACCACAAAUCCGCUUAACGCUUCGCACCUUAACGCGAUUAUAUCGCUCCUAGAGCGGUGGCCACGAGAAACACUCUACCCAGUGAUGGACCUGGCCCGACUGCUCAUUGCCUUCUGCCCGAGCUACUCUGAGGACCGUGUGCUAAAGCAGCGGUUCUGCGAUGCGAUGGCCAAUGCAGCAUUGGCGUAUGAUCCAUGGGAGAUGCCCCUGCCAAAAGGGCGGGAGACGAACAUGCUAUUCCUCUACCGUGCAUUGGCCAACACCUUCCACGAGCCGGAAGAGAUCGACGUACCGUUCGUGCACAGGAUCUUCAAUGGGUUUAGCGAGGCGCCAUAUGGCGAUCUAUCCAAGACGUUACGUGUUGCAAUGACUACGACGCUACUCAACAUCAGCUGCAUCGGCCUUCGAGAGCCAUUGGACCUCGAUAUCAAGUCAAAGCUCUUCCGCCUUGUCAUUAAAACGCUACAAGCCGAGAGAUCAGAGUCAGAAGCAGCAUAUCGUUCUCUGGUGGCUCUCGGUAACAUUAUAUACGCAUCGAAAGAGCAAGGGCAAGCAAUUGAUGCUAGCCUGAUUAGACCAUAUCUCUCUGCCCUUCCCAGUGCGUUCCCCGAAGAACGCAUCAAGGACGUUACGAAAGAGAUUGUAGACCUACUAUGAUAGUGUAUAUAGGUGUCCCAUAUACGGCCCUCAUUGUUCAUAUGUCUCACCGAUUGGCAGCAGCUUGGGCUUUGCGAUGAUUCUUCGUGUACCGAAUAGAUCACUGACAGAGGACAGGUAUACGGACGACUGUACUACGACACUCUCACUAUAACGUUGUUCUUGUUCCUUCAUCGUUUAGCGUUUCUAGUGGCAGCACAAUGUAAACGAUGCAAGACUGCAGGGUUACAUACACCCAGUAGUCGGAUUUCGG